AUGUCCAGAGGGAGCUUGGACCUCGCAGAGAGAAACGCCCUGACAAAGUUUCAGCCUGCAAAAGUGAACAGUUUGAGUACGGUGGACAAAAAACUGUACCUCUUGAAUGAAAAGAUGGACAAACUGUUGCAUUUCCAAGAAGACCUAACAGGCAAACUGCAGCGAGUUGACAGAGGCAUUGCUGAUGUAGAAAAUGGCAUUAAGCAGCUGUCAGGAGCCCGAGCAGCCCCUGAUGACACAGGGGCAGUGCAGAAAGGGCUGGAGGUACCGCGCUGCGCUGCCCAGGCUGACGUCCACAGCAUCUGCUCAGAAGUGUUGAAUUUGAUGAAAGCUGCCCAGCUAGAUGCCUCCAAGCAUAAGGAGAGGCUGGCAAAGAUAGAGAAAAGGGUUGAUACCCUGGAUAAAGUUAUUACAUUUGUGGGAGAAGUAUUAAAAAAUUCUAAAGUAGUGGAUUUCAUUCUCAAAGGCAUUGUGCCCUGGAAGAAGGGGAGUCUGCUGGAAAUCCCUGUUGAGGAUUGUGCCAGAAUAAUGUUCACCCUGGUCAUUGUUGCAGGUUUGCUUAGAGCUGUAAUAAAAAGGGCCAAAGAUAAGUCCGAGGAGAGUGGUGCAAAACCUAAGCAUGUGCUUAGUAACAGAGGAACCCAGACUGAAAGCAAGAAGCCUCUGGAAGAGACAAAAAGCGUGAAAAAGCUGGAUGAAAUCAAGGGAACAUGUGGGAAGGCGAACACUUCCAGUGCUGUAGCCCACAAAGCAGACUCCAAACCCCAGGUUAAAGACAGGACAGCACAGCAGCAAGGGGUAGGAGGUGCUGGCAAAACACAGAGCUCUAAGAGCUGUCCACAGCAAAAGGACAUCAAUGUCAAAGCUUCAAACCAAAACAAUGGUCUUCCCUUCGUACAUCAAGAGCAUGCAGGCAACCAAAAUGCUCCUGCUAAAGCACAGAACGUGGACAGAGCCCCAAGCCUUGAUGAGUGCCACAGGCAGCUUGUCCCUCAGAAACCCGGGAAGAAUGAGAGCAAACCCGCAGCAGCGAGCGCGGCGCCGCGGGAAGCCGUGCCCUCCACGUCCCGGGCCGUGUCUGACACGGGCUGUGAAGUGACACACACCAGGAUAUCUAUCAGUGUACAUAUGACUGACAUGAAAGAAAAGAUUGAGAUGGCCAAGGAGGGAAAUGUAAAUGACAGCAGAGGUAAAAGUCCCAAAGUGAAAUCCACACCAACAGACUUGAAAGGAGUCAAACAGCUGCCUGACAAAUUGAAACUACAACAGAGUCCUAAAAACAUCAGCUCCAAGCCAAAUUCAGAAGUUAAAGGGGACAAUAAGCAAAAUGAACUUGCACCUCAAACAGGGAAGCAGCAGCCAUACCUGAGCAAGCCCAAACCAGGUGAAAAAGCUGAAGAGAAAUCAGAAUUAAAAUGUGAGCCCACAACCUCGCAGAAUACCUCUGCAAAGGAGCCUGUGAAAGAUCCAGGGGUAAAAGUGAAAAUUCACCAAGAAACAGCAAAAGCAGAAAAAUCCCCAGCUGAUACCAAAUCUGAGAGGACAGAACCUGAGACUGCAGGGGGAAGCAGACACGAUGCUCAGCAGUCUACAGGAAAGGCACCAGAGAAGACCAAGUCUCUGGAAGCUGGCAGAGCUCUUCCCACUCAAGGAGAAAUCAUUGAUGACAGCCCCUCUCCUCCAGCCCCUUUCGAGCACCGCAUCGUGAGCGUCAAGCAAGCAGAGGUGACCUCGAGCUACUCCGUGUGUCAUCACCAGGUGCUGGGGGGGGGGCGUUUUGGGCAAGUCCACAAGUGCACGGAGAUAUCGACGGGGCUCAACCUGGCAGCCAAAAUCAUAAAAGUGAAAGGAGCCAAAGAGAAGGAGGAAGUAAAAAAUGAAAUUAACAUCAUGAACCAGUUAAAUCAUGUGAAUCUCAUCCAGCUUUAUGAUGCUUUUGAAACCAAAAAUAAUAUCACUUUGAUCAUGGAAUAUCUUGAUGGUGGGGAAUUAUUUGACCGGAUCACAGAUGAAAAUUACCACCUGACAGAGCUGGAUGCCAUCCUGUUCACCAAACAGAUUUGUGAGGGAGUCCACUACUUGCAUCAGCACUACAUUCUCCACCUAGAUCUGAAGCCUGAAAACAUCCUAUGCGUAAAUCACACAGGAAACCAGAUUAAAAUUAUUGACUUUGGAUUAGCAAGGAGGUACAAACCCUGUGAGAAGCUGAAGGUGAAUUUUGGGACUCCGGAGUUCCUGGCUCCUGAAGUGGUGAACUAUGACUUUGUUUCCUUCCCCACAGACAUGUGGAGCGUGGGUGUCAUCACAUACAUGCUGCUUAGUGGCCUGUCCCCAUUCCUGGGAGAGACUGAUGCAGAGACAAUGAAUUAUGUAGUCAAUUGCAGCUGGGAUUUUGAUGCAGAAGCAUUUGAACAGCUCUCGGAGGACGCCAAAGACUUUAUUUCCAGACUGCUUGUGAAGGAGAAAAGCUGCCGCAUGAGCGCGACGCAAUGCCUGAAGCACGAGUGGCUCAACAACCUCCCUGCCAAGGCCCGGCGGUGCGAGCUCCGCCUCAGGUCCCAGCUGCUGCUGCAGAGCUACAUGGCCCACAGGAAAUGGAAGAAACACUUUUAUGUGGUGGCUGCUGCUAACAGGCUGAAGAGAUUUCAGAGUACGUCUGUCAAGCUUGCAUGA